GUUUAUAAAAAUUUGAGCGCCAAAUACCUCAACGAACGACUAAAGGAAAUAUAUUUUAUUACAUAAUAGUUCUUCGUAGAUGAAAGUCAUAAAUAUAGUGUAUUUUUUAGUUUUUUAAGUGUGAAAAUGGCGGAAAAUUGUGAUAGACAUCUUGGACACUUGUUUUUUGAGCACAUGAAGAAACGGCCUCAAGCUAUUUGCCAGAUAGACGCAGCCACAGGAAAGUAUGAGAGUAACGCUUCAGUUCUAUACCGGUCUAUCAGACUGGCACAAUGUCUCCGUCAGUUUGGUGCCAAGCCGGGAGACGUACUAGCCCUGCACGGAAAGAACCACUUGGACCUUCACAUACCUUAUUACGCUGCUCUGCUGAACGGCAUGCCUAUUGUUGGCGUUGAUCCUAUGUUUAAGUUUGAGGAAAUAAAGAAGUUAUUCAAGCUGACCACACCCAAGGUGGCGUUUUGCCAGUGCGAGCAUUUUAUAGAUGCUGUUACAGAAUUGGGGCUUGACACAAAAAUCGUGACCUUCUCAGAAGGAAAGCAUUCCAUGCAGAACUUCAUUAGGGAGUACGAUGAUGGAGAUGAUUUAGAGGAAUUCCGACCAGCGGAAUUCGACUUAGACAAGAUCUACCUGUGGCUCAUCAGUACUGGUGGCACAAGUGGUGUGCUGAAGGUAGCAGCUUUCAAGCAUAAACCCUGGAUGUUGAGGCUGCAGCAGCAGAAGAAGCUAGUUCAAUUAACAGAAAGCUCGAAGAACACUCCAGCCCUACAUUUAUCACCGGUGCAGUGGAUAGGUGGCUUUUACAACGCGAUAGCCAUGCCACUUUUCAACCUGUGCAAGAUUCAGACUUCUCUGCCACCUACUGCCGAUCACGUCAUUGAUAUCAUUAAAGAGUUCCGACCUAUCAACGCACUUGUAGGUCCGUCGUUAUUGGAGUCUCUGUUGAAACACGAAAAGAAUUGCGACUUCACAUCAUUUGAUCUAAUCAUGGUGGCAGGAGGGAAGGUGCAUAAGGAACUUAUCUAUGAGUUAAGAAAUAGAAUGCGUCCUAAUACAAUAGCAGCGGAAAUGUACGGACAGACUGAAACUAUGGGCCAAGUUUUCUCCUUAGAACCAGACGGACCGUUAGGGAGCUGUGGGAAAGCAACUGAUGUACAUCAAGUUAUGCUUAUGGACCCAGACACGGAAAUAGAAAUCAAGAAGCCAAAUGUAUCUGGAGAGUUGUGGGUGAAAGGGCCUAUGUUCACGGAAUACUAUAACAACCCGCAAGAAACAGCAGCAGUGUUCACUGAAGACGGAUGGUUCAAAACGGGAGACCUAUUGUAUAAAGACAAAGAUGGCUAUUUUUACUUUGUGGAACGACUUGGAAUGUUAAUUAAAUACAGAAAUUAUCAUAUAGCACCACUAGAAAUAGUAGAAGUAAUUCGCCAGCACCCUGGUGUUCUGGACGUCAGCGUGACCAGCAUCGCCAAUGUCUUUGACGGAGAGCAUCCAGUGGCAUGCGUGGUGCGAAGACCUGGCUUCAACGUUACUGCACAUGAGAUUAAGGAGCUUGUUGCUAAUAAACUAUCCUAUAGCAAGCGUUUGCGAGGUGGAGUUAUAUUUAUGGAGAGUAUUCCUCGGACGUCUACAGGAAAAGUGGCGCGAGCAAAAUUGAAACGUAUAGCUGCUAUAGCGUAUAGAGAAUAA